AUCCCGGAAGUAAACAGAGCAGGCUGAGAGGUGCGUCACAGCCCGGAGCUCAUAACGCCGCCGCUGUCCCAGCUCUCUAUCCCGGUCUGUCCCGCUCUAACCCGCUCUAUCAGGAGCAACAUGUCGGUGACCGUGAAGGCCUACCUGCUGGCCAGAGACGAGUCCGUGAAGGAGGUCCGGAGGUUCACGGUGGACCAGGAGGUGUCCUCCAGCUACGAGUACCUGAACCGGAAGACCACCAGCGUGUUCACUCACCUGAAGAGCAUCCACCUGUUCUACAAAGAUGAAGAUGAUGACCUGGUGGCGUUUUCCUCUGAUGAUGAACUGAUGAUGGGUCUCACCUGUAUGAAGGAUUCCACCUUCCGCCUCUACAUCAAAGAGAAGAAGGAGAACCGUCGAGACUUUCCUCUCCACGCCUUCCCUCCCUUCACCUUCGGCCACCCUCCUCCUCCACCUGGAGCUCCUCAGGCUCCGCCCCACCACAUGGCCCCGCCCCCACUGCACCGUGAUGUCACCUGUGACGGCUGCGAGGGUCCCGUGGUCGGAACCCGCUUUAAGUGUUCCGUGUGUCCCAACUACGACCUGUGUUCGUCCUGCCAGGCUCGAGGGACGCACACCGAGCACGCUCUGCUGCCCAUCUGGCACCCGCUGCAGUGGUUCCCUCGAGGGAAGUGGAUGAAAAGGAUGAGACACUGCAUGUGGAACCAGAACCUGAACCUGAACCAUGCUCAGGACCAGGACCAGGACCAGGACCAGGAUCAGGACAAGACCGGAACCUCCAGACCUGCUACUGACAGCAGCGCCCCCUCUGCCUCACAGGCCAACGUGGACUACCUGAUGACCAUCGGCGAGGGCGUAGCGGCCAUGUUGAACCCGCUGGGUAUCGAUGUGGACAUCGAUGUGGAGCACGAGGGCCAGAGGUCAAAGGUGACCCCUUCCCCUCAGGGUGGGGUGGAGGCAGAGGUGGGCGGAGCCAGCAGUGAGGGGUCAAAGGUCAGUUCAUCACCUGUGUGACGUUGUACAGGUGAUCUGUCUGACCCGGUCCAUGCUCUUCAGGUGUGCAGAGACUCCGAUGAGGAGUGGACUCACCUGAGCCCCAGAGAGGUCGACCCCUCCACCGGAGAGCUGCAGUCCCUGCAGCCCAGGGACCAGGACCGGGACCAGGACCGGGACCAGGACCAGGACCAGGACCAGGGUCCCCUGUCGGGACAGCAGGGUCCAACAGGUCUGAGGGAGGCGGCUCUGUACCCUCACCUGCCUCAAGAGGCGGACCCCCGUCUGGUGGAGUCCCUGUCUCACAUGCUGUCGAUGGGUUUCACCGAUGAAGGCGGCUGGUUGACUCGUCUCCUUCAGGCCAAAAACUUCGACAUUGGUGCGGCGCUCGACGCCAUCCAGUAUGCCAAACAGCCCCGCCCACAGCAGCCCUGAUGAUGUCAUCAUGAUGUCACCGCUGACAUCACCGAUAAUAAACAACAGAUGAUUUAUACUACAGUCAGAUGGUCUUCUUGUUUCCUGUAAUCUGUGUUUCAAUCUGCCCUCUAUUUUAUCAUUAAUCAAUACUUACACUCAUUAAUCAAUACUUACACUCAUUAAUCAAUACUUACACUCAUUAAUCAAUACUUACACUCAUUAAUCAAUACUUACACUCAUUGAUCAAUACUUACACUCAUUAAUCAAUACUUUGUUUCAUUGAAUAGUGUGUACUGCGGUUUUGUGUUAAUCUGAACAAUAAAACAUG